AUGCGGAGAGCCCGUGGCAUGAGAAUCUCUGCGCAAGCCCGUGAACAUGCCGUGCAUGAUGCGAUGCGCGCCGUGCAAGUGAUGCUCGGCGCAUCACCUCAUCAUGAUUGCGCCAAGCGGAUGCACGGCGUGCGUGAUGCGGUGCGCGCCGUGCAAGUGAUGCUCGGCGCAUCACCUCAUCAUGAUUGCGCCGAGCGGAUGCACGGCGUGCGUGAUGCGGUGCGCGCCGUGCAAGUGAUGCUCGGCGCAUCACCUCAUCAUGAUUGCGCCGAGCGGAUGCACGGCGUGCGUGAUGCGGUGCGCGCCGUGCAAGUGAUGCUCGGCGCAUCACCUCAUCAUGAUUGCGCCGAGCGGAUGCACGGCGUGCGUAAUGCGGUGCGCGCCGUGCAAGUGAUGUUCGGCGCAUCACCUCAUCAUGUUCAAGUCGAGCAGAUGCACGGCGUGCGUGAUGCGGUGCGCGCCGUGCAAGUGAUGCUCGGCGCAAGACCAUUCCUUGCUUCGCGCAUCCCCGUGAACACGCCGUGCGCAUGCGCGUCGCUAUUGCGGGGCAUGCGGUGCAUGAGACGCUUGGCGCAACCCGGCCUUGCGCCGAGCGGAUUCACGGCGCGCGCCGUUCCUUCCCUUUGCCCUCCAUUCCCUCACCCCGCCAUCCCCUCUCUCUGCCCUCCCUUCCUUCGCUCUGCCCUGCCAAAUCCCCUCUCUGUCAUCCCCUCGAUGUGCCCUCCCUUCCUUCACUUUGCCCGCCAUUCCCUCACCCCGCCAUUCCCGCUCUCUGCCCGACGUUCCUUCGCUCUGCCCUGUCAUUCCCCCUCUCUGUGCCCUCCUUCUCUUCCGUUUGCCCGCCAUUCUCUCACCCCACCAUCUCCUCUCAGUGCCCUCCGUUUCCUCCUUUGGCCUCCAUUCCCUAUCUCCAUCCGCCCCUCCCAGGGAAACUCGCUGCUCCUGCUCAUGACAAUGGUGUACAGCUGCCCCGAUUGUCCCGCCACGGGCUUCACAACAAGAGGCAACGUGACGAACCAUCGGCAUGGCGGACGAUGCCCCGGGAAUCUGCGUAAUGCGGCUGCGGCAAAUAGUGGCAACCCAUUCCUCAUGAACCGGCACAAUGCCACCUUCAUGCCAUCCCCCACCCUCUCCAUUCCCUCUCCCACUCUCUCCAUGCCCACUCCUCCUAGAGCCGAAGUAGAUCCGGAGCCUCUACGAGGCAAUGAGGGAUCCACGCAUGACAACAUGGUGCCCGACUCAUUCCAUCCAGCCCCCACUCCCUCAAAUAGUGUCGACUCAACGCCGGAUGGGUUGCCCGAUGACGCCACCUCUGCCCCUAUGAAUGGAUCGCGGAUUCUCUCGCGAUCCUUCUGGAAGCUGGCGGUCUUGCCGAGGCGAACGAGUCAACCUUACGUGGAACCAGUGGCACCAGAAGCUGCGCGCGACGCCGCUUUCAACAGGCAACUCGCAGGCGACCUGCAGAACCUGCGACAUGCCCUGGAUGCGGCACCUGGAUGCAACGUGAGCAACGUCCACGUCAUCCAGGUACAUAACGAGCUCGUUAUGCCCGCGGCACUGGGUGCAGAUUUCGGACGGUUGCCUCAUCGGGUUCGCGCAGUGGCGAGCUUUUAUGGGCGACCUUGGUACUCGGACAUUGCGGUGCGGGGACGUUUGGUGGACGGCAACCAUGAAGAGUGCGACGAAGGGGUCAUCGUCCAGAGGGACCUCCCAGAGGCUGGGGAGGAUGGUGACAGCGAGGAUGACCUGAACCUGGACGAGAUGUUGGGGUACAUGCAGCAGCUCAAGCAGAGCGAGGUUAAGCUCGGCAAGAAGAAGAAGAAGAAAAAGGGUCGCCUAAGCACUUUACUAGCAAACUCUAGCAGCGACGGUGCGGGACCAUCGUCAACACCUACUGACACGGCAGCGGAAACUACGCCGGCCACUACGGCGGCCUUCACGGCUGCCGCCGUAACCGAGUUGGCCGCUCCAUCUGACAGUCCUAUGCCUCUCGCCGCCAGUACCGGAACCACUACCGAUGCAUCUGCUGCUGUUUCGAUUCCUGUUGGCGCGACCACCGAAAUCACACCCGCGGUGACAGUGGUCAACGCAGCAUCGGUCUCCACUCCAUCUCCCAACACUGCUCUCGCCUCUGCUGGUGCUGCAAAUCAAACCUCCACUGUUGCUGACGCUUCAGGCGUCACUGCCGCAGCCGCUGAUAACCCAACUGCCGGCACUGCCGCUGGCAGAGUUGUCGAAUCACCUUUGGGGUUUUCCGUUCCAGCAAACGCCCGAUCUAAUCACGCAGCAGCUGUUGAGGCCUUCCGGCUGCAAGGUCAUAUUGAUGACCUUCGAACGACCCUUCGGCAAACACAGGAGUGCGAGAAGGAGUUGUCAAAGCUCCUCUCGGAGCAUGACGCCGAGGUAUCAGCGCUAAACCAGCGCUGUGCUGAGUUCAUCAGGCUGAACGAGCAGCUCAUCCAGGAUGUGUCCGCUGCUCAGGGUACGGGAGUACUCGCUGCGCCGCGUCAUGUCCCUCCCACUUUCAACAUGGAUCGCAUCCCCCGCGACGCCAAUGGCGUUCUCAUCAUCCCCCCACUUGUCAGCCAUGAUCAGCAUUUCGGGAGAAAGGCAACCGAGGCGUUCACGUACCUGUUGUUGGAUGCGCCUGCACGUUCGAUGCAGCUCUACCCUGAGUGGGCGGAGUUCCGGGAGGUCGUGUGUAUGAAGUACGAGAACGCGGGCGUGCAGUCUGACGUAUUUUACUACGUCAUUAGCAACGACCCCAACAAAGAGGCGCUGGCCAUGCGGAAGGUCUCAGAGAAGCGCUCCAAUGUCAAUUCCGACGCCAAAACCUUCGGGAGGGGCCCCGGUGGGGGCCGCCUUACCCCGGCACAGGACACUGCUGAGGCAGUGAACCGCCGGAAUGUUGCUCUGAAGAUAGACCAGGUUGCGGCCUGGAUCAAGGCCACCUAUGACGCAGGGGAUGUGGCUAUAUGGGACUCCAGGCCUCCUGCUAGCUUCAACAUGAGCCCUGUCAUCAAGAUCCUGGUAGAGGGCUUUGAGUCCGUGAUUUUCCCUAAUGGAACCCCCCCUUAA